AUGUGGAUUCAAGGAUUGACGAUCGAGAGAGGGUCUAAGCGCCAAAGAACCAGCCAAGGAAGUCGUAUUGAUGUCGUGUGUGCUGCAAAGAUAGCACAAAGCAUUGUCAAGGUUUAUGCGUCGAUGGAUGUUGCUAGUGCCAAGUCCGAAGAACUAGAAGAUCUAGUACUGGCGAUGGAUUUGGCAUGUAUGGCACUUUACGUUGUGUGUGUAUUGGAGCAUAUUGUACGUCUUGGAGACCUUGUGAUCGACAAUCUGCUCUAUCAAGUAGCCAAGAAAUAUGCAGAGAUGCCCGAAAUGCGUGAAUCUGCAAGUUGCGUAGCUGCAUGUGUCCACGUUCGUUUGUGGGACGAGCAUACUAAGCUGUCCAAAGAUUGUAUUGGCGCGUAUACGGAACAGUCAAAGCUGAUGGCAUGUUUCCAAGAUGCGGUUAGCACCGACGUUGCCACUAGAGUUACGAAGAAACUAAUACUGCUGGCGGAAUUCCCAAGACCGGAACUUUUUCAUUCAGCCCAUUUCUCGCGCUUGCUUCUUAGUCACACUAACACAUGUCUCACAUUGUUAUUUGCUGUACGAAACCACGAGGCUAUGAGGUUAGUAGCUGAAAGCACACUCUCACCAUGGAUUGACCAUUUGAAAAUGCUUCCUGGUCAUACGAAGCUAGCUUCAUCAUUUAGUGACCGAGCUUUCCGGGUACUGUGGAAAGCUGCUGCAGCGAUGGAUAGUGAAGACCGGAACUCGUUUGAAGCAGUCAGUUACGCGCUUUCACUCCGCUCAACAGCAUUGAUAUUUAUGCUAAAAAGCUCCAAAUAUACCCCUAUAUAUUUUAUACAGCAGGUGCACCGUGUUGGCGUCCAACAUGAAUGUGCAUCCAAAAGAUCACAACAAGGGCUCCAAGACAUAUGUGCGUUUUAUGAUCGAUCAGCUGAUGCUCUUUUCCAGACGCUGCCCAGUUCCAAGCAGGUGUACGAAUCUGAGUCGCUUCAAUGGGAAUAUAUUCAAUGGCUUGAACACUUUGCUGUCGUUUGCGAAUCGCUUGAAAUGCUCAUGAAGAGUGCAAUGAUUUUGGAAAAUGCGAUGCGCUACGCUCGUACAUUUGGAAGCUUGGGAAAGUCCAUUCAGUCUUGUCUCUUGUUUUGUAUCACAAGUGUUCUGUUAGGUAUAUCUAACUCCAAGAAACCACAAGAAAGCCUUUGCUUGCGCGAUAGUGCUUUUGACAAAAGGCUGACAGCUGGAGCUGGUAAAACCAUACGCGAUCUCGUUUGCAGUACUACGCUCGACAAAUUGGCUGAUCAGUGUGAAAGUUCAGCACGACGGUACCUGAAAAAGUUUGAAAUGGUGGUGGCAUCUAGUUUUGGAUCAACGGGCUGGCAGACUUCCCCUGGGCUCGGAAAGUUUGUGAUACGUUGCCUGAAGAGAAGUUCAAUUAAAGUGUUCAACUAUACUAUCAGUAUCCAGCAGUGUGCACAAUAUCAACUGCUUCACCAAAUUGUGACAAGUUUUGCUGAAAUGUGUAAGGCAGUGAAGAAACUACGUUCAUCAGCUGAAUUGGAUAUGAAGAUGAUUGAAUCGCUGAUUCUAGAAGAAUCACGACUUCACCGAAUGGCUGUAAUACUCUUGGCGCGGCGUUUUGGCGAUGCAUGUAGCUCGACGCCAACAACGCCUGCUCUACACGCGAUUAUUUGCCAUGUAAAUCUACUCCGUGAGCUUCUCGAUGAUGCAACGAUGGGUGAAAAGCCCAAUGUGGCGAUUUUGCAGGGUAUUUUUGGUGAUUUAAUGUCAAUCGGACGAGAGUGUUACAGCUGCGCAAUUCGAUGCUAUAAGAUAGAAAAUUAUCAAGACACGGUUUUAGCAUUGACUGGCGCAUUUGAGCUUGCAGAAAAAUACUUAGAGUACAUAAUGUGCAGUGACGCCACUGCCGAUGAUAUAAACAGGGCACAUGCUCAACUGAAAGUUGAUGAUAUUGCUUCCUUGUUGGCAUAUUGCUUUCACAAAAUGCGAGAUGUAACGAGAUCGCGUAUAUUCGCUGGCUAUUCGCUUGUAUAUUGUGGAGACAUUCAGCUGAAGAAUCCGCAAGCAAAUAUCGAGAAGUACGUGUCGUGCGUUUUGGACGAGCUUAAACUCCUGAAAGGUGGUACAAAAUGCUCCAUCGCGUCGUUCAAAGCUUUCUUCGACAACACCACUCACGUUUUUACGUCUCGCCACGUAUCCGAGGAUCGUCUUGUGAUGCUGUGGAGUACGUUUCAAUAUGCCUUUGAAUGCUCGUCUGUUGGACUUAUGGGCAGGAUACGAGCUGAUGAUAAUGUUGCAUCAGCGCAUGCAGUUGGGACAUCAUCUGAAUGUGUGGAGCUUUGCGGUGCGCUUCAAAGUUAUUUGGAUCGUGAAUUGAUGAAAAUGAAGCUUAAGGCGACAGACGGCGCUGUGUUUGGCGAUACUUUACUAGAUGUAUCUCAGUCCCUGGCAAAGCGCAAACUCAUCUACUGUUCUUAUUAUGCCAAACGUGACCUUAGCGUCGCAAUGAAGGGACUGCUGUAUGUGCACGACUCACUAACUGAUGCUGCCGAUCGUCUCCAGUCUUUUGUUGGUUCCGUUUCUGUUGAUCUUGGUGGAGUUUAUGGAUGGCGUGGUGUAAUUACGAUGGAAAUUACUCUCAUGGCUAGCUACGCUGGCAUUGCGAAAGGUGAUGUUUGUCGUGGAAACAUUCGCAUCUGUGAAGGAAGCGCACUUGCAGAUAUCGAACAAUGUUUAAAAUACUGGAAUGGAGAAGAUGUUUCUGGUUUUCUGUUUAAUGAAACCUACAUGGUAUGCUGCUUGAAUUCCAUCUGCAAUACGCUGUCCCUAAUUUCAUACUCGCCACUGGAAAAAUCUGCUAGAAAGUUGUUAAAGAAGCUUCAGGGGUCUGUGAACGUUCAAGGUGCCAUUGCACCUCCAGCAUUCUGGUUGUUUUGCUCUGGUUUUGAGGACAACGGAUUCAUUGCAAAAUCCGAAGUUGUUGCACCAAAUGCAGACAUCAACAUGCAGCUGUUCGAGCAAGUCGAUCAAGAGUUGAUUGCUGCUCAGACCUCUUGCUUUGGUUGUGCUAGAGGUAGAACAUGUCAACAUUUGCUUCGUGCGACUACCGUACUUGGCAAUAUAAAGCCAAUGAGGCAGUGCGAAGUUGCAUUGGUUGCGAAGGCUAUUGGAAUGCGUGAACUUUUUAUUCACGCGAUACUCUCGGAUUUUUACUUUCAUGAAGGGCAAAGCAAAUGUGCCAUUGAAGAAGCCAAAGCUGCGCUGCGGGUCUGUUGGAAAAUGGCGAAAAAGUGCACCGUACUGCCGUCAUCUGUCAAUACUGAGCAUUUUAAAUUACCUCUUGAAAUUUCAACGGCAGAGGGUCACCAGCGUAAUCUCACCCAUGUGUUGUAUUUCAUGGCGCUGGAAAGCUCGUCUUGGGACGUGCUGUUUGCUGCAAAGCUCAUGCUUUGUCGAAUAGCAUCUCUCUAUAGUUUAUGUAAUCAACCUCAAAGAGCUACAACAUGUUUGACGGAGGCAAUGCGCCUUGUGGGCGGGUUGAACCUACAUCUUUUUUGUCGGAGCCCGUUUUACAAGUAUGCAGAAUUAGAGCUUAAUGCAAACCAGUUGGAGAAGGUGAAAAUCGCUAUAUCGUUACUGUCGCUUUAUCAAAAGUUGGACCCUCAGCGAAGUGUUGGUGCUAUGGUGUGUGGACGUCAUGACUACAUUGAAUUGAAUGUGGCGUUCAUUGAGCAAAAAUGCAAUGAAAUUGUGCAGCAAGGUGAUGUGCACAAUAACCAAGGAAAUCACCAAGAAGCUUUGGUAUGUUUUGCGGAAGCAGUUAAUACUUUGGAAGCUAUCAAGGGUAGAGAGCCUACUUUACCUAAGAGUUUGAAGAGAGUCAAAGCUCGAUGUUGGCGUAAGUAUACACGGCUACAGAGCCAAGUCAGCGAUUUUGCUGACACAAAAGCCGUGGAAGCGUUGUUAGUAACGAUGAAAAGGCUCAAGCAAUCGAUGAAGACCUGUGAUGUUCAUUUGGAACGAGUGAAGUGCUUGCUGGAAUUAGGGCGCAUUAACCUGAGCUUGCUGCGCUCAGCAUCACCUCAAGUAUUUACUAGUCUACGUCAAACGCUUGCUUUUCUGGAAGAAGCGUAUAUGCUCGGAGAUCAUUUAGGUAUCCCUCACUUAAGCCAAGAAUUACGGGUAGCAUUAGGACUGGCCUAUUUUGCAGAAAUCGAGGAAAAUGCUCGCAGCGAUGUUGACUGCACGAAGGACAGCAACAGGUGUCUUCCAUGGAUGAGUAGUGUGUUGCUGGCUAACCCUGGUAGUGCUAGUAUAAAGGAGGCAUUCGCUGAGGAAACAAACAGCUCUUCAUCGACACGGACAGCUUUAACGAUGCAGCUGGAGGCGCUGGCUGCACGUUCAACUGCAAGUCAUGAGAUGGUGACGCACACACACUUGAUAAAAACGGCGGAAAGCAUUGCCGAGCAGGUUCGGGAGUUACCAGAUAAUUGGGCCAUCGUCUCUGUUAUGAUGACUUCGUCGUCUGAGCUUGUUAUUACUCGUAUAUUGACAAACAACCCCACUCCAGUCUCGUUCUGUUUGCCUAAGGCUGCCUGGACUAAGCCCAUUCGCGAGAUGGAUGCGAUUAUACAAGACUCAAGAGAGGGUUUAUCAGGCUACACGGCUGAAGAAGCACGCUUUUGGGACUCGGAACAGAAGAAUAGAUGGUGGAGUACUCGCAAAUUGCUAGACGAGCGGGUUGAGAAAGCAUUGGCCUUGAUGGAGAAAACGCUUGGGUUUUGGCGAUGCUUGUUUGUUGGAGGAGCAGGGUCACUCAAGACGAACAGAGCUCAACGCUGUUGGGAAUUGCUGGUCUCGAGCAAAACUGGCUCUGCCAAACUGGUGGAAAAGAACCAGACUCUGUUGUGUGCUAUUGCUAAUGCCCAGCAAUACUUGUCAGACACUGAAGUGAUCGAUGCGCUGAAUUAUAUAGCAGCAGAAAUUGGGGUGUUUGCAUCUGAUUCGACAAUACAAGAAGCUCUUCAUGUGUUGCGAAUGAAGCGAGAAGACUUAAUGCCAAGUCUAUCGAAAGCAGCUGUCUCAAAUCUGGCCAAGCUGAGCAGGGAAAAAAUUGCCCGGAUGAAAAUCAGUGAGUUAAUGCAACUUCUUGCUGCUGAAGGCCUAAGUGCAGAUGGAUUGAAGAAGGCAAUGGUUGAGCGACUACUCUCUGCCCGCAGCGCUGUCCUCGCCAACGGGCUUGAGUCUUCUGCAAAAAUUUCUCACGAUGACAUUGACACCCAUUUUUCUACCAUACUGAUCUUACAUCACGAACUGCAACAAUUUCCUUGGGAAGGAAUGGAUGUAAUGCGGUGUUGCAGUGGUAUUACACGCAUGCCUUCGCUUGAUUUGAUUCUAGAUAACGCUAAGCGUCUAUCGUCAGUCCGACGAGACCGAGUGUGUUUUUUGCUGAAUCCUGCUGGAGAUCUAAAAUCGACGCAACGUCAACUGAGUCCGAUUGUAGAACGCGGGACGACAAAGUACAACUGGGAAGGUAUUGUCGGCAAGAUUCCAGACCCUGACGAUCUGAGAUGCCGUCUAAUGGCCGCUGAUUUGUUUAUUUACUGCGGUCACGGUUCCGGUGAGGUGUACUUGCAUCGUGACAAGAUCCUUAGUUUACAACCCGAUUGUACCGCUGCUUUGUUGUUUGGUUGCAGCAGUGGGCGUCUCGAGCGGGAAGGAAUCUUUGGACCGAGCGGUGCCGCGCUGGCUUAUUUGCAUGCUGGAAGUCCUGCCGUGCUGGCGAUGCUCUGGGAUGUCACCGACCGCGAUAUCGACCAGCUGAGUGUCAGGGUUUUGCAGAAAUGGCUUUUAACAAACGACGGCGAUGCAAAUCCUUGUCUAUCGCUGGCAGAGAUACUGCAAGAAUCUCGAAGUGUAUGCAAGCUCAAGUAUUUGAAUGGUCAUGCUGCAAUCUGCUACGGUCUCCCGCUAUACGUAGCAACAAGCUAA